AUGAAUCCGCUGCCCGGCGGGCCGUUCCCGCAGCCAGGCUUGACCUGGCAAGAACACCGUACGCCUGAUGGACGUGUAUACUACUACAACUCCCUGACGAGGGUCACGCAAUGGACCAAGCCGGAGGAGCUGAUGACUCCCGCCGAGCGUGCGCUCGCCAACCAGCCCUGGAAAGAAUAUACAGCCGAGGGCGGCAAAAAGUACUGGUACAACACUGAAACCAAGCAAAGCUCGUGGGAGAUGCCUGAAGUCUACAAGCAAGCUCUUGGUGUCGGAACCACGACACCGACCAGCGCUGCUACUCCUACCGGUCCUUUUUCGGCUCCCGGAGGUGGCCAUCAUGGUGGAUAUGGAGGCGGUCAGUCUGACAACUACCGCCCCGACCGCGAUCGCGACCGUGACUAUCGUGAUCGGGACCGUGAUCGUGACUAUCGCGAUCGGGAUCGGGAUCGGGACCGUGACCACCGCGACCACCGCGACCACCGCGACUACCGAGAGCCACUGGGAGAGUCGCGUCAGUUGACGUUUGGCAACAACAACAAUUCAGCUCCAGCUUUCGUUCCUGCGACCGCCGAUCCGGAAUACGCGACACCAGAGGAGGCGGAGGCUGCCUUCGUCAAGCUUCUGAAACGCAGUGGCGUCCAGCCUGAUUGGACUUGGGAACAAACCCUCCGAGCUGUUGUCAAGGAUCCUCAGUUCCGUGCUAUCAAGGAUCCAAAGGAUCGCAAGGCCGCUUUCGAGAAGUAUUGCCAUGAUGUCAUUGUUCAGGAUAAGGAGCGUGCAAAGGAGAGACUAACCAAGCUACGCGCCGAUUUCGCCACGAUGCUACGGAGCCACCCGGAAAUCAAGCACUACACACGCUGGAAAACUGCUCGGCCCAUGAUCGAGGGCGAGACCAUCUUCCGAUCUACCAAUGACGACAAUGAGCGACGCCAGUUGUUUGAGGACUACCGGGUUGAGCUUAGAAAGGCACACAAGGAUCAACAGAUCGCUUUGCGCAAGAGUGCCAUGGACGGGUUGAUUGAGCUUCUCCCGAAACUUGACCUUGAGCCCUACACUAGGUGGUCUGAAGCUCAAGGCACUAUUGAGAGCACUGCAGAGUUCCAACAGGAUGAGAAGUACAAGUCCCUCAGCAAGUAUGAUAUCCUGACCGUUUUUCAAAACCACGUCAAGGCUUUAGAACGUACCUUCAACGACUCUAGGCAAGAAGAGAAGAACAAGAAGCUUCGUAAGGAGCGCAAGAACCGCGACAAUUUCUGCGCUCUUCUUGCUGAGUUGAGGAAGGAUGGUAAGAUCAAAGCAGGAUCCAAGUGGUCCAAGGUCUACCCUCUUCUUGAACACGAUGAGAGGUACUUGGCUAUGGCCGGUCAGCCCGGCUCUACCCCCAUGGAAUUGUUCUGGGACGUCGUCGAGGAAGAAGAACGUGCCUUGAGAACCACCAGGAAUGAUAUCCUGGAUGUUAUUGAUGAUAAACGGUUUGAGGUCACUCCCAAGACUACUUUCCAAGAGUUUGAAGCAAUUGUGAAAGAUGACCGCCGCACCGCUAACAUUGAGCGCGAUAUUCUUGAGCUUAUUUUCGAGCGUCUUCAAGAAAAGAAGGCCAAACGGUCAGCAGAUGACGACAAGCAUUCUGAACGCCAGCAGCGUCGUGCCUUGGACGAUCUUCGUUCAUACCUUAAGAGGUUGGAACCUCCCAUCACGGUCAAUGAAACUUACGAGCAGGUAGAGGGUCGCAUUGCUCAGAGCAACGAGUUUAAGGCUGUUGCUUCCGACGAGGCUCGCCGCAGUGCCUUCGAGAAACACAUUCGCCGCUUGAAGGAAAAGGAAGAAGAGGCCGAAAGAGACCGACUGCGUCGUCGUGAUCGCGGCGACUUGUAUCGGGACAGAGGUGAGCGCUCUCACCGCAGCAGCGCACGCUCCGUUCGCAGCCGCAGUCCAGAACACGAUCCGUACGAGGCGGACCGCCGCAAGGCCAUCGCCGAGCGGGAACGCAAUUUCCGCAAGUCCAGCAUGGCAGAGAGUCUGCUUUCGGACCGCAGGUCAGUAGAUGGUCAUCAUGACUCUAUUCGAGACAGAGAUAGGGAUCGCGAUCGCGAGCGUGAUCGUGAUCGUCGUGACUAUCGUGACCGUGAUCGUGAACGGGAAAGAGACCGUGAUCGUGACCGUGAUCGCGAGAGAGACAGGGACAGAGACCGGGACCGAGACCGGGAGAGAGACCGGGAGAGGGAUCGCGAUCACCGGGACAGAGACCGCGACCGUGAACGUGACCGCGACCGCGAUUACGAUCGCCGCCCUCGCCACGACGAGCUCAAUCACUAUGACCGGGAACGACGCAGUCGCGAUGAGGACAGGGAGAGAAUCUAUCGUAGGCGAGUAAUGGAUCGCGAUGUUGAUGAGCUGCCAUAUGGUGACGAGAGACCCAGCUCAUCCCGCCGCACCCGCCCCGAAGAGGACGAACACGACCGCCAUGACGGCAGGCCCCCGGCGAAGAGAGUCAAGACCGAGCCUAGCACCACCGCUACUCCUGCCGCCGGCGUUCCUGCCGCUCCCGCCACCGCCCCCGCCGUUAAGGAUGAGGCUACUAGCCCCGCUCGUGAUGGCGUCAAGUCGCCACAGCCCCAAAAACAGCAAGAGAAGGAGAAAACGCCGCCGCCACCCGCUGUCGUCCGUGCGGGUAGCGAAGAGGGCGAGAUUGAGGAGGACUAA